UCUCCCACCCCUUGGCCCUUCUAAUCGAAACUGUAGCAAAGGAAACCAGACAGGACCGACCAUCUGAACACGACCUGAGUCGGUUCCCAGUACCAAAUCGACUUACGAUUUUCAGGGUUUAGAGGCUUCGUCGUUUCGUUCGAUCCUGAUUUCUUCCAUCAUAUGUAGAAUGGGAGAGGACAGACGAUAAGCACUCGAAACACCUGGUAACACUAAUAUCCGUUUUUUGUUAUUGGAUAUUUUUGAAUCUUGAUAUCGCCUGUUCUUCCGUCAGCAGUACGUAUUUGUAUCUUAAUUAUCGAUAAGAUUCUGUUCAAGAUUUUGAAAUAAAAUCACUGAAUUCGACCUUGAAAAUCCUUUUCCUCCUGUUGAUCUUGAUUCGGGUUGAAUCCCUUGGUAGAUUGGUGAAGCAGGGAAAUGUAUAACGGUAUUGGAUUACAGACGCCGAGAGGCUCUGGCACUAAUGGCCACAUUCAGACGAACAAGUUCUUCGUGAGGCCGAAGACUGGAAAGGUUUCUGAAAACACCAGAGGAUUCGAAGAAGAUCAGGGCACUGCCGGUGUUUCCAAGAAACCUAAUAAAGACAUUCUCGAACACGAUCGCAAGCGUCAGAUUGAUCUCAAGCGUCAGAUUGAUCUCAAGCUUGCCAUACUUGAGGACAAUCUCAUUGAUCAAGGUUAUACGGCCGAUGAAAUUUCUGAAAAGUUGAAGGAGGAGGUUCGCAAGAAUCUGGAGGAGGCUUCAGGUUCUAAGGAAAAACAUGGGCCUUCUGCCAUCGUAAUUGCAGAUAAGAGGGUAUCAGUGACACAGACUCACCAAAUUGCUGCGAGAAAGGAGGAGCAGAUGAAAACAUUGAGAUCUGCUCUUGGGUUGGGUUCUCCGGACGAUUCGGAAAAGCUCAAGGAAGGGAUUUCUGAUUCAUCUAGAAGUGGAAGAGAGGGUCAAGAUGCUGAUACUAAGCGUCCUGAGAAGACGGAACAUUCUUUUUUGGACAGAGAAUUGAACUGGAAAAAGCAUGCCGUUGAUGACGAUCAGAAUGACGAUGAAGAUGACAAAAAAACGGUUUCGAAAGAGUUGAAAGAUCAUCAGAAGGAUAGAAAACGAAGGGCUAAGGAUGGUUCUUCUGAUACUGAUUCUGGUGGAGAGCGUAAGGGAACCAAGAAGAACUCGAGAGAUAAUAGAAGGAAUGAUUCUGAAAGUGACCUUGACAGAGAUGUUGACAAGAAGUACACCGCCUCAAGAAAGACGAAAAAUAAAAGGCAUGAUAGUGAUGAUUCUUUCGAUGCUGAUUCCGGUGGAGAACGCAAGGGAACCAGGAAGCACCCGAGAAAAAACCGAAGAUAUAAUCCCAAAGGUGACCAGGACAGUGAUGCUGACCAGAAACAUAUCACUUUAAGGAAGCAUAAGAAAAACAGAAAGCACGGUAGUGAUGAUUCUUCCGGUACUGAUUCCAGUGGAGAGCACGAGGAAACCCGGAUGAACAGGAGAUAUACUCGAAGAGAUGAUCGUGAAAGUGAUUUCUACGGUGAUGUUGAGAAGAAAUCCACCACCUCAAAGAAGCAGGAGAAAAACAGAAGGCAGUCUCGACGCGGCAGUAGGACUGAUGAAGAUAUUGAAGAGAGAAAAAGGCAGAGCAGAUAUGAGGAGCAUAGAGGGAGAAGGUAACGCGAAAGAUGGU